GGCCAAUAUUUUGACGCUUGACAAGUUGCAUUGUGGGUCGUCUUGCGAAGAAGCUCAGCGGUUUUCCAAAUAUUGUUAUUUCAUUUAUUAUGCUCCGAUCAGUUUGAAAGAUGUGUGACCAGACGGAGGUGCAGUAUCUCCCAGGGGAGGUAGUUUGGGUGAAACUUCGGGCAUUAUGGUGGCCUGGACUCGUUCAAGACUAUGACCAGUUGCCAGAAGAAAUCACAUGCUCAUUUCGUAAGCGUCCACUUGCUACCGUCAAGUUUUUCCAAGAGGACAGCUAUGAAUAUGUUCAUAAAUUUGAACUCAUCUAUCAUUACAACUGUAGCCGAAAGAAUGAGUUCAUCAAAAAGGGGCUUGACCUUUACAGGAAAAAGUCAGCUGAUCGUCCUGCUACAAUGGACUUCUUCCCGCUGGAUAUUAUAACAGCAGAGGAGAGAACUGGUGGUGAUCCUAAUAUUUUACAGGAUAAGGCAUUUAUGCCUGAUGAGAAGCCAAAGUACACCGCCCUCUUUGGGGAGCAAAAGAAAUUGGGAAAGAAGAAGGGUAAAGAAGAUUCACCUUUUAAAGAUAAGGUUGCCCGCCGUAAAAAGUUGACAUCAAAACUGGAAGCCAUGGGUUGGAUUAGCAGAGGUAUUACUGCAAACAUCAUUUAUCCCUCUCCCGAUACUCCUAGAAUGGUCACCCAUAAACGUUUCGUAGCCAAAGCGCAUAACCCAGAUGCAAAGUCAGAUUAUGAGUCUCGCAUUAUGGAACAAAAAGGUGACGAUGACACCAGCUGUAUUAUGGAGAAGGAAUAUCAAUGUGUUAUGUGUGGCUAUGUAACUCGACGUUUGAAUGUCAUUGUUCUGCACUUCAACUCGACACAUUCUCUUCGAAUGAAGAAUAUUUUCCCCACGCCUAGUAUAUUGAAAGGAGGUUCUCUUCGCAAUCCGCUCUUGAAAUUGAAAGAAAGUAGGAAAAGUGAAGCAGGAAAAUCAAGCUUUUUCUCAAAGAAGAGAGCAUCUUUGAAAACAAAGAUAGAGAAACCUAAGAAAGAAGAGAGUGAAGUGGAGUCCUCUGAAGAGGAGGCCCCUAAACCUAAACCUCAGCCAAUCAAGAAAGAAAAGGGCAAACCUGGGAGAAAGAGAAAAGUAAAGCCAGAUGAGAAACCUGAAGAAGAAAUACCAGAGACCACUAAGAAGCCUAAGGUCUUGGAUUCUCUUUUAGCUGAUUGGGAUGAAGAGGAUGCUGAGCAAAAUGAAACUGAGGACCUUGACCAAGACAAGAGCCAAUUAGAUGACGAGGAUGAGGAGGGAGAUGAUGAAGACGGUGAAGCUGCAACAAAUGAAAGUGGGGACAAAUCAUCUGCCAGCAUGGACACAUCUAUUCCAUCCAAGUCGAAAGAGGUCUUUGAAUUUGAUCCCGAUGAGGAUGAUAGCAUUGAUUUUGAUCUUACGCCUAAUGUCAAAGGCUUUGGAAGGAGAAUUCCAAGAGUCAUUGAAAGCUCUAAAGACAAGAAAGGAAAGAACGAUUCUAAGAAAACCCCCAAGGAUAAGUCUGACAAGAAGGAUAGUAAGAAGGAUGAUAAGAAGCAUAGUAAGAAGGACGAUAAGAAUAGUAAGAAGGAUGAUAAGAAGGAUAAAGAAGAUGAUAUUGAUGACUUUGAGAGUUUGCUUGCAGAGACGUCAGUCCCAUCACUUCCUGCUGUUCCGAAGUCAAGUACUUUCUCUAUGGAUGUUGAAGAUGAUCUAGAUUCAAAAUUGGAUGAAAGUAGCUCCAAGUCAGUUCUGAAAGAACAAAAUGAUGCUGUUGAGGAAAGUGUGAAGAUUGGUGGUGACAAAAAGUCAAAAAACUCCGAACCUGAGGUGGAUUUGGCUGUGGACCCCAUUAAUCCACCUCAGGACCAAGAGCAGAAAAACAAAGCCACAGCCAAAGUUACUGUUCAAAUGAUCCCUGACAUUGCCUCAGCUGGAAGCAACAUAAAUGUUGGGGAGACGCUUUCUGGUAAUGAUGCCUCGUUAUGUGAGACUAAACCCUCCAGUGGAGAUCACACAUAUGUUAGUGGAGGUAGUGGUCGCAAGAGACGGCGCCAUCUUUUGCCUCUGGAAAAGGUUGAUGGUUCAGGUGGAAUGUCCGUUUCAGUAGAUACAGAUGAUGAUUUUAUGGUUGAAGAAUCUCCCCGAAAAAACAAGCAGCCCUUUUUACCUCAGGUUGAAGGUUCUAAUGUGGUUGUGAAACCAACACCUCGCAGGGGUCGACCACCAAAGAAAGGAAGAGGUGGCAGAAGUGGUAAAGUCUUAAUGACGUCCACACCUCAGCCGACCUCUAAGAGCUCUUCUCACCUACUCAGCUCUAAAGGACCACCUAUGAGCCCUCCUCCUGUACCAAGUCCUAAAAGCCCACCACCUCUUCGCAGCCCCAAGAGCCCUGUUGCUGAACAAACUCCCAAGAGUCCAUCUCGUCGCCAAAGUUCUAAGAGUCCAACUCUAAGUCCUGCUAGGCAAGGUUUGCAAGGCUCAAAAAGUCCUGUGCAUUUCGUAAUGAGUCCUGGAGGUCCGAAGAGCCCUCAGCCUCUUCAAAGCCCAAAAAGCCCCAGGAGUCCUCAGCCUUACCAAUCACCCCUCCAUCAAGGGCCAAAGAGUCCACAAGGCCUUCAAGGCCCAAAGAGUCCGCAAAGCCUUCAAGGCCCAAAGAGUCCGCAAAGCCUUCAAGGCCCAAAGAGUCCGCAAAGCCUUCAAGGACCAAAGAGUCCACAAAGCCUUCAAGGACCAAAGAGCCCACAAGGCGUUCAAGGGCCAAAGAGUCCGCAAGGCCUUCAAGCCUCCAAGAGUCCACAAGGCGCUCAAGGGCCUAAGAGCCCGCAAGGCCUUCAAAGCGCUAAGAGCCCUACUCCCACGCUUUCAAGUCCUAAAGGCAUGAAACUUCCCACUUUAUUCACUCCUGAUGCUAAAACUAUUAUUAGAAGCCCACCACGAAGCCUUAUGAAAUCACCAUCCGGAGAAGUCCAGGCAGUGGUUGGUUCUAAGAGUCCUGCCAAGAGCCCUCUGCCAUCACCUACAUCAUCGCAGGCAAUGUUGGUUUCACCAACAUCUCCAUCAAGAAGCACUGGAAGCAAAAUAGUUCUCCAAACAUCUCCUGUGAAAGUCAGUGCCGGUUUGAAGAAACUGAAUACAUCAGGUGCAGUGGUUGUGCAGUCCAAACCUGAUUUGCAGCCUGAAGCUUGUGGCAUUGGUAAAAUUAUUUCAUCAACCCCAACAGCUAUUGCCGCGGGCACGCCUGGUACUGUAAAAACCAUCAAAGUAGCAGUUUCAGGGUCUUCCCCUAUGGUAGUGACAAAACCUGGCUCUACACCUCGCAAAGUCAUGAUUGUUGGUAAGGGGGGAACCCAAAAAAUGCUGAUGCCCGCUGAAGCAUCGCAGCAACUUCUUAGCAACAUUGGGUCUGGCAAAAAGAUCAUGGUCAUUACUAAGGGACCAGCUGGCUCACCAGGCAAACUUAUGUUGACCUCUCAACAACAGAAAAUACUAGCAAGUGGAGGAAAAGUUACUACUUCAACUGGCCAGACCAUUACUUCUAAGGGAACUGUUUUGUCUUCAGUAACAAAACUUGUUGCAGCUAAACCUUCAACAUCCACUUCUAUUGCUAGUGGUGCUGAGUUAAGUGGUGAUCCACCAGCUCUUAUAAAAACAGAUGGGAAAAAAACCUACAAGAUCAUAACAACUCCUCAAUCCAAGGGAAAUAUUCUUUUAAAUACUUCUGGAGGUCAAAUUCUGGUGCCAGUUAGUAGCAUAGGUGCCUCUGGGUCUGGAGUCACCACUCUUAGUGGAUCUAAACAAUUUAUUCUUCCCGUUGGGGCCAAGCAGAUGAAAUUCUUGAAUACUGCUGGAGGCACAGGCCAGAAAGUGAUCUUGCAUAUGAAGAGUACAACAGCUAAAGCAGGAAUUGCAGCAUCACCAAAGACUGUUCAGCCCAUUGUUCCUAAAACUGUUGUUCAGUCCAUUUCACCGAAAGCCAUCCAGACAAUAUCCCCAAAGCUUGUCCAGACUAUUUCAUCAAAGACUAUACAGUCGAUCACCCCGAAGACUGUCCUGCCGAAGACCAGUCUUCCAAUGAAAGUGACUAAAAUAGCAACUGCUGUGCAGCCUGUUCCACAGCUGGCGCCUAUUGCUUCGCCUAUUGCUUCGCCCAUUGCUUCGCCCAAGACACCACGUCCCAAGCAAGUGAAAGCGACAGUUACAAAACCUGUUAAAACUCCGACCCAACCAAAGUCACCAAGAAAGAGUGUUACUUUAGCUAAAACCAUUGCCCCUGCUGGUGUAGCUUCGUCAAGUACCACCACUAUUCCUGUGUCAACUCCUCUGAAGCGUAACACUGGUAUUCUUCCAAAUCCUAAUCUGAAGCCCAUAGCACCCCAUGCAGUAACAACAACAAAAAAGAUAUCUCUUGCUUCUAAGCCAGCUUCAGUGGAAACACCAUCAGUUUCAACUGUUCCAGGAACAGUGCAAGUUGUGACAAGUGCAGUAACUGGUCUAGAUCAAAUUCAAACCAGUCUUGUAUCAUCAGUUGACUCAAGUGGUGCCAUGACCCUUCCCACUUCCACUCAGCAAUUAGUGACCCUCCCCACCGAAGAUGGCGGACAGGUGAUGUACCUAAUUGACAACAGUUCUCUCAUUGGGCUGGAUAAUGCCAGCCAGGGAAAUCUCGGCAACAUCAUCCUUGCUUUUGACAACAUGGGUCAGCCCACUGUCUCAAGUGGUUCUGACUUCACCUUCUCAACCCCUAGUUCUGGUCAAGAUAUUUUGGCUGAAGCUCUUGCAAAUACUGAUCUGCAGUCUGAAGCAGGUGCUGAGUUGAGUCUGGACACAUCAGGUCUGCUCUCUUCUCAUUCAAGCGCCAUGUACCCGCCUACUCUAUCCCAUGGAGUGCUGGAGACCUCUUUAACUCUAAACCAACCUAUUAUGACCCCACUGGAGGAUCUCUCUGGCGUAAGCACCCUUCAAGCGCUGCCUGCAACUAGUGUUGCUACAUCUGUUGAGCUGCCCACCAUCUCUGUGCCUGACAUCACCAUAUCAACGUCAUCUUAUUCCUCACUUCCCAUCCCAUCUGCCACUAUCCAGAGUACAGUCUUCUCAGAAGCCCAAAAUGUGCCAACAUUUACUACAACUACUACUGCAGAUGGAAGUGUGUUCAUUGAGGCUCCCACUGACGGAGAGUCAUUCUUAACAGCAGAUAGCGUAUAUGAACAAACCUCAGAGGGUGCAUCAAUGCCUUUGUUAGAUGGUUAAUUGUGAAAGACUUAAGUAACAUACUGUGUAACCGGAAGUGGUUACUGACUGAUUGGUGCAAGUUAAGUUUAAGCAAAGCGCCUCUGAUGACCUCAGGGUAAGCAGUACUGAUCGUUGUGGAAAAAGAAAUCAUAACUCUGUAUAGCAAAUGCUGUUUAGAUUUAUGAGUUUUUGGUUCGCAGGACUAUAGUAAUUUAGUAAUUUUAGAAUCUUUUAUUGUUGCCAUGUCUCAUAUCUAUUGUAUGGGAAAGUUCUUUAUUGUUAUCCUUGUGUCACAUUUUCAGAAUUGUGGUUCUGAAUGUUUUUGUUUAUUUUUAAAUCACAGCUUAACAAAGUUUAUCUUUUAAUUUUGUUGCUGUAUUUAAGUUGAAUAACUUCUGUUCAAAAUUUGAUAUCAAGGUAUUGAACCUUCUGUAAAAAUUUAAAUGAUGAAAGUUCUAUUCUUAGUUUUGUGCUUUUGAACCUCUUUGAUCGUUAUUGAAAGUUUUGUGCAGGUGGUUAUUGAAUAGCCCUUUUAAGAAAUAUUUCUAGGUUGACCAGAAGGUCAUUUUAAUAGUCAUUAUUGUAUAAGCUAAUAUUUCAAGGUUGAUCAUUCUUAUGAGGCAGCCUUACUAUUUUCCUAUUUUGUUCUGCAAGUACCUGUUCAUCUCAAAAUUAAGAAACCACUAAGAUACAGUUUGUGACUCUGAGGCAUCUAUAAAGUAUCAUUAUUUUAAGUUGUCUUUGAAGUAAUUGCAUGAAUAGGUGCUGUCAUUUGUCUCUGUAUGUGUGUUUGUUUGGAAGUUAAAGGACAAUAAUUGGUUUUAUAUUAAAGUGAAAGUCCUUUAAAAUAUGUAUAUGUAUGAUGUGUGUAUGUAAUUAGGGGCUACUUGGUUUAUCUCUGUUAUUAUUUUAACUGUUUACUUUUUGUAUGUUAGAAAAGAAAAUAUCCUUGAAAUAAGUAAAUUAGAAGUAUUGUAUUGUGAAAGGUAAUUAGCACAGUUUUAAAUGUUGUUUUUGACUUUAGCCGGUUGUUUAAACAUUUGUACAAAGAGUUGCAACACAGCUGUGUAUAAUUUUUAUGUUCCUAUAUAUGCUUCAAUUUUCCAAAAUACUUUGACAACUCUCUUGAUGUGUUUUUUCGUUUCAUUUCUCAUUUUUUGUGCGAAGUAUGAUUGAGAAAGUAUAAGUAUAUAUGAAUGGAUCACAUUUGUAACUUUGUAAAUAUUUGUACAUGUUACUCAAGCUCAUUCACAUCAAACAUAUUUUGAAGCUUCUUGCUCCUGAGUUGUAAAACCAAGUUUUGACAUAAGUUAUAGUACUUAUUCUUCUAUUUGAUUUCAUAGAUUUGAUGUAACUCAUUGUACGUAGGGAACACUCAUCACUUAAACACUGAUCACUUAUUUUCAAUCUGUAUACUUGGUUGGUUGUUACUUUGCUGAAGUUAAAUGUGCUGGUGACUAAGGGAACAAAUAUGAGUUAUUAGGAUGGCAUUUCGCUUGACAGCUCUUGUCACUUCUUUUUUAAUUUAUUCUACACACAUCGUGCUGUAGUAAUUGGGGAAAGAAAGAUUUAUUGUAACAGAGGCUGUCAUCCAGCAUUUGCCAUAAAGUCCUUUUAUCUCAUUUUUUUAGCUACAUGCUCCUAUGGGGUAAAUGAGGCAGAGUUUUGAUCCUGUAUUUGUUUAGUUUCCCCCUACCCCCAUUUGUUUUUAGCGUUUCCAAGAUCAAAGAAUGUUUCUUUACACUUCUGGAGAGUCUCAAGUUCUCAUAUUAAAAUAUGUAUGAUCUAUACAUAGAAUAGAAAUUUUGUUUAUGUAAAUAGGUCUUGUAAUGUGUGCAUGCUUGGCAAACUGUGUGGCUGAUUGGUUUAUUUGUAAUUUAACACAGACUUAAAUGCAGAUGUAGGAUUGUGGAUAAUAUUUCAAAACCAAUGUAAUGAUUUCAUUCUAUUUGUAACUGACUGUGCUGCUACUGCUGCUCAUCCUCUUUUUGUGGGUUUGGUAUUGUGCACCUAUGGUUGCAAUGUUAAUUAAGAUUGUGAAAGCACUUAAUAUUGAUUUGCAGCUGUAUUUUUUCUCCUUAAAAAAAUUAUAGAUUUUCUUCCUUUUUACCCUGUUGAGUUUUUGAUUUCGGAUGUCAAGUAAGAUUUUUCACAAGGUAUAAAAUUAAGAAAAUGUGAAUUUUUAAAAAUGUGCAGAUACUGUAAUUUACUCAUCUUUCUGUUUUCUUGUCCAAAUUUUUGAACCAAAGAACUGAAUGAAUCCAAUAUAACUUGUUAACCACUAAAAUUAAUGGAAUGAUUCAGUGUUCACUUUUAUACCCCUCACCAAUUAUGUUCACAAGAUAAUUACUUCUGACUUGUAUCAACUUUGCUGUACCAAUGUGCAAUAUGCCUAGUUUGCAGCACCUUUUCAGUUCCAAAAGGUCUGUGUCUGUACAGAUAGUCAAAUGUACAUAAGAAGUUACGCAUAUGUAUUUUCUUUCAGGUGUUUUCUGUAGCAAAUUUUUAUUCAUAUUGUAGAUGAGCAUGGUAUGCCCAAUUCAUUAAAAUUGAAGUAAGUAAA